GACGCCUCCGUUUAGGUUGCCCUGGCUCACUGUCUUAUCGCCUUUUAGGGAUAAUUUUUAAUACUUUAUAGCUUCAUGUUUUCGCUGGUGUGGCUGUAAGGGCAUGGAAGGCCAAGUUAUCGGACCCGGGCCGUACCGGGCCACGAAGCUGUGGAAUGAAACCAUUAAACUUUUUCGUGGAGGUAUGCCGUUACGGAGGCACUGGGCGAACUUUCGCUGCUACGACUGCACUUUCACUGGUUCGGAGGCGGUUGAUUACCUUCAUGAGCUGCUCCGAAGCAACUACAACUUUGGGCCCGAGGUAACGCGCUACCAGACUCAGCAGCUGCUCAGGAAGUUCUUUAAAGCCCAUGUGAUUGAAGACGUCAAAGGACGCCACGGGACAGAGGAAUUUGAAGACAACAGCCAUCUGUACAGGUUCCCCACAAUGUCUCCGCUCAAGUCUCUUCCAACAAGACCGUCAUGGAGAGACGACAGCGACCUGCCCAGGCUCAUCCGCUGGGAUGACUACGAGGAACUGCCUCAGAAAGAAAAUGUUGCACCUCAGAAAUCUGCAGUACUGACUUCAGAUUUAUGGAAUAAAAGACACAGCGUUGCAAUUGGAGAUGUGCAUGAAUGCAAGCUCAUACGUAGGAGGGAAGUAACUUCCAAACAAGUGGACCACAUCUGGAAAUCGAUGACUAUCACACAUUUGCAGAGAGUUCUGGGCCUGAAGACUUUGGAUGGAAUUUUAAACCCAGCACCUGUGAUUGGGAAAGACAUUGUUGUCAAUAUCUACAAUGUUAAUAAAACAGGCAUAGUUGUGCUGGAAAACAAAGCUGAGGACAUGCCAUAUUGGGUGAUCUCUGCAAUGAAAUGCCUGGCAAACUGGCCUGAAGGCAACGACGCCAAACAGCCGCUGUACCCAGGGUUUGAGAGAGAUGUUCUGAGGACCGUAGCAGAUUAUUAUCAGAGACUAAAAGAGCCCUUGCUGACCUUCCAUCUUUAUGAGGUCUUUGUCAACAUCCUCAGCCUGCUACAGGAGCAGGAUAAAGCCACAGAGGCCCUUCAAGUCAGCUGCCUGCUGCUGCCACCACCAAACCGCAGACGGCUCCAGCUUUUACUGCGCCUCAUGGCCCGCGUCUGCCACAAUCCCCGCCUGCCUCCUCUUAAUGACACUAUUGGUACCCGCACGCUGAUGGUGCAGAUGUUCUCUCACUGCGUCCUGGGCUCCCCCGAUGACAUGGACUUGGACGAGUUGCUCGCUACCAAACUGGUGACCUUCAUGAUGGAGCACCACAGCGCGAUCUUCCAAGUGAAUGCCAAACUGCGCUGCCAGGUUGAGGAGCAUCUGUCACACUUGAAAAGAGCUCAGAUCAAAUAUGCAGGUUCGGAUACGGAUUUCAGUGCAUCACCGGCUUUCUGCAAACAGAUCAAGAGAGUAGACUGUGAGGAGCAGAAAGUUAUAGGAACACAGGUCCCACUGCAGCAGCUGCUGGAAGGCCUGAUCGCAGACCAAGAACUCCCUGCAAAAGACAAGAGGAAAAGACUCAAACAGUUCCAGAAGUCUUACCCAGAGGUGUACCAAAAACGAUUUCCCACUGAGGAAAGUAAAGCUGCUGUCAUUCCUGAGAAAGCCCCAAGACUCAAGCCUCACCUCGUGCUUUUCAACCUCAAGAAACCAUUCCAGCCUUUUCAGAGAAGCUGGAGUUUUAGGGCAUGAGCCACCACUACUGAUGCUUCUUUCUGCUUCGACCUCCAAAACCCAUCUCAACCUCAUUUAAUCACUACAAUUGUAGCUUUAGCUGUGGGUGGACUGGCCACAGUUUUGCUACAUUUUAUUAACAACUAUAGUUUUAUUUUAACGAUCACAUUGGUUUCUGUGGGAUUGUUAGGCAUAAAGGCAAAUUUAGUAAAUUUUAAUAAUCACAAGGGAUUUUUGCCUUUCCACAUAAUAUAUUUUGGCAGAUGAACACUUGCACUUAUCAUCAUGUGGGAGGGUGAACAGAUCUUUUUCUAAGGGCACGUAUCAUAUUUUCUACAAUUUUUAUGUUUAGGUUUAAGCUCUGAAUGGCUAUGUUAAAAUUUUCAUCGUCCAAGUCAAGAUAAAAUAUGUAUGGGGCUACAUUGUGUUCAAAAUGUUAAACUCUGGCAUUGAUGCAUAUCACAAAAGCCAUCUCAGAUAAAAGUAGUGAUGGCAAACUCUUAGGUUUUGAUAUAAAUUCAUAAAGUAAGGAAUGAUGUAACUAUUUGUCCAGUUAAGAGAACGAAGCCAGAUGGGUUACCUUAAAGCCAUGGCUUGGAGACCUAGUAGACAAGCAACCUAUCCAGGCAUUUAAAAGUAGAGAUGCAAAUCUUCCAGUGUCUAGCAAUCCCGAAUUUUAGGGUCCUGAUUCGAUUCAGAAACAUUAAAUUCAAAAACAAAUUUUUCUUUUCAAAUGAUCUACAGAUUUUGUUUAAGUUAUCUGACUGACAAGAGGAAAAGACAGUGUAAACAAAUAGAACAUUUAAAACAAUUUCAUAAGGUUGCCUACUAUAUCAAAUUCCAUCAGUUUAUAUUUAAACUAAAAUAGGGUUUCUGCACAAAGUACCAGCUAAGUUAGGUUAGCUUAGUUGCCUGGCUUUUUUUUUCUUUCUUUCUUUUUUUUUCAAUAAAAAAAAUAUGUAAGAAUCAUUCAGAAUACAUACGGUGGGUGUGGCUGCCUUCUGUGGUGGCAGAGCAGAUGUGUAAUGCGGUAUGCAGUAAGUUGGUGGCAUCAUUUCUUUAGAUGCCACCGGUUUUACUUGUGCAGGCUCUUGCAUUAGUGAAUUGCGCAGUGGAAGUGAAUGGAAGCAGCAGAAAGUGCCCAUUUUCUUCACUCCCUGCUGUACUUGUCAGUAUUUAACUGCAGUAAAUUGAUGCUGAUGUCAAAAUGUUAUUCCAAGACCAUCAUCAAUCACACGACUUAAACUCAUUAAGCCUGUCUGACAUUAGUAUUUACAUAAAAUGUUGUUUCGCUAUUAAAGGAGACUUCACGCUAUUUUUACACAUGGUAAGGUUUAUAUGAUUUGUUUAUUUGAUACUAAAUAAAAAGACAUUAAGAAGAACGAUGGAAUAAUGAUAUUUGCCCUUUGAGAAAAGUUUUGUUUUGUUGUUUUUUUCCCCAAAACUUGAAGUGAUGAUAUAAUUGAUGUAAUCACACUGGAGUUAUCAGUCAUCUUUAAUUUUGAAUUUAUGUUUUUUUAUUAUUUUCUAAAUACAAAAAAACUGAACUUACUGAGACAAAAGUUUUAAAAGUAUUGACAAGUUUUGUGCGUAGAUUCUGCCACCCCAUUCAGUAUUGAUCAUGUGAAUUCCUAAAUUUUCAAAAAGAUGAUUUUCUGUUACAUAUCAGAUAUUUGUGAUGCUUUUGUUACUCAGUGGGUUUAGUUAGGGGCAGAAAUGUCCAUGUUUUUUGCUGUAAUGAUAAUGAUGGGGAAUUUAGGCAGCUUAAUUGUUUACUAAUUUUUAAUAAUGUAAUUAUUUACCUACUGUAAAUGAACAUAUCAAAUGGUUCUGUAGAACUGCUCACUCAGAACAGAAUCAUGAAUGGAUUAAAAGUUGACUGGUACUUUGACAACCACUUUAUAAACAGACUUAGACUGUCUAGAUGUAUUGUUUUCUUAUCAUUAUUAAUAUGUAACAUUUCUUUCUAAUGUUUUUUUUAUAUAACUGCACUGUCAAGACCUCUACUCAUGUUUUUACUGUAUGUGAUUCUUUUUGUUUUGCAUAUAUGUCUUGCUUCCUUAAAUGGUACUUAUUUCAUUUACUUUUUUUUCUCAUGAUCUUAAAUGCAGCUACCAAUUUCAUAUCUGCUUGUCCUCCCGUGUCAAUCAAUUUUCUCUUCACAUAAUUUGAGACUUGAAAUGUCAGUAUAUGGAUUUUUAUAAUUUUUAAUGCUGGAAUAGCUGUUACACCUGAAUUGCUGCUCAGUGUGGUAAAAGGAAACACUGGAGGAAAGUAAAUUUAAUUUCUAAUUUUCCUAAUAAAAAGGUAUCACUGUUUUAUAUUACA